CUUUUCUUGGAAGCGCUGAAUCAGUAGUAUAAAUUGGCCAAGAACCACAAUGGAGACAACAAUUUCAUACCGAACGCCGACGGGGAAGGAUCGUCGAGAAAGAAUAUCUUCAAGGAGUAUUGAUGCGUUUAGAGAGGAUCUAACGUGGAUAUACUUAAUUAGGCGUUCCAGAGAUUUAACCUAGUUCUGCAAAGUGCUUGAGAAGAAAGUGCGUAGUUUGUUGGAGAUUCUCACUGGAUUCAGACUAUGACAUUUGCUGAUCUCAUCGGAGAUCAACAGGUACCUGAAAGUGUUAUGCAAGACUUGCUGUCAAUGGAAGACGAGAGGAUGUCUGGAGACUGCCGAGUUCCCCCCAUUUACAACAACAACAACAACAAUAUAAAUAACUACAACAUGGCACAAUCAGUGAUGCAGUUCACAGACAAUGGUUUCUCCCAGGCCCUGAACUGCGGUGACUUCCAAACUUUUGCCGACAUGGAGGACAUCACGUUAAACUACCAUGUGAAUGGCCCCUUAAAACCUUCAAGGGAACCAGAGUACAUUGCAAUGGACUACUCCAAUAUCCCAGUUAGUGUUUCAAAUUGUACGAUUAAACAGGAGCCAAAAGAUUAUACUCAAACUUGUUCUGGACCGAAAAAGGAUUUAUCAUACAAUGACCACAAAGUUAGCUUCACUGAAUUGGAUCAGCUUUUAAACUGUGAUCUUACUUUUUAUGAUGAUAUGAACUUUGGUGUACAGACGUGCAAGGAGGAGAACAUUAAAGUCGAGUAUGAGAGUGAUCCCGAGAGCUGCAACAGCCAUGACAGCGACCAGGAAUCUGGACUUGGCGAGAAUUUCGACAGAGUACAAUCCGAAGUGAUUAGACAGGUGAAGAAGGACAUUGAAUAUGCCUGUACGAUUCUGGACAUUCCUGCUGAGCCGAGGUCAUGGUCUGUCGCCAACGUACAGAAGUGGGUCAGCUAUAUCGUCCAUCAGUACAAACUGCCAAUGGUCAACCUCGACUACUUCCAAAUGAAUGGCUUAGGGUUAACGAUGAUGGCUGAAGAGGACUUUAGGAAACGAUCGCCAGAGGCAGGGGCCACCUUAUUUGCUCAUCUUGACAUUUGGCUGAAUGCAUCAAAACUUGAAGAUCCAAACCAGAACACACCCAUUCCCAAACCAAAUCUCAUGUACCUGAACAUGGACCAGCGGAAGGUGCUCCAAGAGCUGACUCCGGCUGACAGCAAGGUGCCAAUCCCUGUGCCAAUGUCUGUACCCUCGCCUGUCUCCAGCCUGGGCAGCAUGUCCCCACCAGCCAGGAGUCCACCACUGGAUUCCUCCUACGACUCCGGGAGCUUCUGCUCCAUCAGUAGCUGUGGUUCCGAGGACGAGGCCGACACCGGGAACAGUAGGCCCAGCAUCCACCUGUGGCAGUUCUUGAAGGAGUUGCUUAUGCAGCCACAGUUCUAUGGGAACUGUAUCCGGUGGCUUGAUAGAAAGAAUGGUGUUUUCAAGAUUGAAGACUCAGCACGAGUUGCCCGCCUCUGGGGCAAGCGCAAGAACCGUCCUGCCAUGAACUAUGACAAGCUCAGUCGUUCCAUCCGCCAAUACUACAAGAAGGGCAUCAUCAAAAAGACGGAGAACUCCAAACGUCUUGUUUACAGAUUCUGUCAUCCAUAUUUGUUGUAGAUGUAGAUGCAGACAACAUGACGCGACAUUAGUGCCAUCUAGGAGUGGAAAGGGGAACUAACAUCCAGGAGCAAACUUUGGCUUGCCAUUGAAGAGUGGAACUUUUGAAAUCUGCAUUAGGAAUCUGAUCUGAUGAACUGAUUGAAUCUGCAUUAAAAAUCCGAUGAAUUGAUUGAAUCUGCAUUAAAACUCUGCUAAACUGAUUGAAUCUGCAUUAACAAUAUGAUGAACUGAUUGAAUCUGAAUUCAAAAUCUGAUGAACUGGUCCAAUUGCAUUAAAAAUCUGAUGAAUUGAUUGAAUCUGCAUUAAAAAUCUGAUGAAUCGAUUAAGGUUAACAAUACCAUUGAUUAAGUUUGAGUAACAUAACACUUCUUCCAGUGUCCUGUUUGGUCCAACCUUGGAUAAAUUUACGGACAGGAUGUCUGUUUCUGUUUGUUCUUUUUCUGGGCCAUUCCAAAAUGGCCGCAAGUGUCAAGUUCUCGAGAUAAGGUGCUAUGGCUGGGCAUUGUUUUCAUUUAUGUUCAUGUUUCAUUCACCAUACUUCACGAUUCCACCCAAAGCUUGCUGGAAGUCCCUUGUACAUCUUACAUAGACGAAUGUACAUAAUGGUUGGUUCUAGCUAACUUUUGGUGGAAUGCUUUUUUUGUAUAUUUUGCAUAGAGUAACCCACAGAAGAACAGUAUUUUUAAAUGUGUAGUUAGUUUUUUUGCCGACAGGAGUGCUUUGAGUGCAUCUUUUGCUUGACCUUGGGGUCUGACCUUGAGGCUUGACCUUGACCUUCGAUGCUGCAAAAUAGCGUAGGCCAUUUUUCUCUUUUGUUCUUUUUUUACUGCUGCUUCUUUCUAGUCAAUUAUUUACGGCAUUUGACGUUGUUCCCUUGAAAAGGGAUAAGCACAAACUUGACUUAUAACAACAACCAAAAAAUCAGUGCAGAAUAUAUCGAAAAUGUUCUCUUUCUUUGAGCCUUGUUAGGGUGAAACCUACUUCUCCUUAAUUCUAAAGCCUUUGGGUAUCCCUUAGCAUUGACGAAGACAGUUCACCUAUUCUCACAGCAGCUUGAUUGAAAUAUUAAAAAGAUGAUUGUGGUCUUAAAUGGAACUAAAAAUGAUAUUUGUGGUCGAAUUUUUAUAACUUUUCAUGAUUGUAGUCUUGAUCAAUUUUAGAUACAUCUGCAUUAAAUCUCAAGUUCACUUUGUAAGAAACGUUCACAUUUCUUAUCAAUGCUUUGGGACAUAUAGCUCAAAUUGGGGUUUUUAUUUUUUUCUUUAAGAUGAAGCUGAUGGUUGAUAUGUAUAAAAUAGAUUAGGUGAUGACUUAGACCUGAUGUUCCAAUGAAUGGAAUGACAUUGUCUUAGAGAUUUUACACACUAUAGUGUACAUUAUCUCUUGCUUCUGCGAUUACCGUUGAAAGAAGUCAAUUGAUUAAAUUGUGAGAUGGAACUCUCUAAAUUGUGGGGUUUUUUUAAAAAUCUGCACCCUGUAUUGUUAUUUUGGACAUAUCCUGUUCAAUAUGAAAUCUUCCGGCCAUUGGAAAUAAAAUGAUUGAAAACUGCCUGUUCUAUGAUGAUAAGGGAAAAGAGCCAGUAUGUUUGUACAGUAACACACACAUGUUAUGUAAUAGAUUAAAAUUGAAUAUUUUUAUAUCAUCCGAUUAAAAACUGUGAUUAGCAAUUACCAGCAGAAACGAAAUGUGAUUCUUUUUGGACAGUUUAUUUUGAAGAAGUGCCAAGCACCUUCGUUUUCGUCCAAUUUUAGGCUCAGUUUCCUUUUUGGUCUGACAUUGACGCACAGAGAACUUUCGAGUGUAAAUUUCAUUGAUGAGUUUGUAAAUUUCAUUCGGUCAUUUUGAGGCAUUAAAUCGAUUUUUGAAACCUGUUUAGACUUAAACACCCAGUGAAGUUGUAGUUUUAAAUCUUUGGCAUUAAAUUUGAGUUUAGAAAUAUUCACAUGGUAUAAUUUUAGUUCUAAAUGCAUUGCCUAUUCCUCGAGGUGUAUUAGUAUUUUUGACACUGAUUUUAUGAUAACUUUUGGAUUAGUGAUUGUGUUUUGAAGAUGGGGACUCUGUUCGUCUAGAGUUGUUAAAUCACUGUAACUAUGCAGUUGUUGUUAGAUGUACAAAAGUGGGAAAUGUGGUUUUAAACAAGAAGUUGAUUUUCAUCUCUUGCUGUUAGUUCAGAAUGCCGUCUUUAGGGACGAGGUUAGAAAUCACCCAUUAUCUGUCAGUUAAGAAAGAUCAUAUUUUGUAUGAUCUUUUGUAUGAAAGAGAGCUGUUGAGUUAGAAAGCUAUAUGGUUAGAUAUAUUGAUAUCUCCAUAAACUGAUGAUUAUGGUCAAAUGAAUUGGACCAUCUGCAAUAAAAAUCUGACGAUUGUAGUGCAAUAUGUAUAUUGUUACAUAAUUUUGUUUUCUUAACCAUACAGCUUUUUACCUUGGCAUCUCCUUUAUAAUCUUAAACUUUCAUAUUGACAACCUACUUCAAACUCAGUUGACUAUCUUCAUGUUGUUAAAACCCUCUUAAUGUUGCCCAGCGUUAAAAAUGAACUGUACCUCAUCGAAUAUAGAUCAAGUUGGAGAGCAGGACAGCCCUAAGGCUGGCAUCUCUUUCAAAUAGUUAAACUGUCCUUUACUCACCAAAUCUUUGUGAGGUAUUAAUUGUUAUGAAUUGACAAAUCCUGUUACUGUCUCGUAAUGCCGGACAAAAAAGUCAGAAGCAUUUGUUCAGAGACGGAUGUGAAAAAAAAUGGUUGUGUCUUUUUGUUAGUUUUAUACAUUGUUGUUCUUUUGAAGCGAUUUUUUAAUACAAUCUGCAUCCUAGUGUCAUAAAAACUAUGUAGAUUUCUCUUUUCUUCUUUGAAAGAAGCCAUUGACAAAAGUCUGUACAACGAAUCGCCAUCUGCAUUAAAAAUCUGAUGAUAAAGUCUGGUCGAAAAAAUCGCUUCAAUUUAAUCAGCAAUGUUUGGGAACCACUGAUGAGAACAGAAAUUGUAUGGAAAGAAUACUUCAGGGUAAUAGUUUGAAAGUUUGUUAAGUCCUGACUUGCUUGUCUGACAUUUUUAAAGGCAAGGUGCACGCACUUUCAAAAUUAUAAGUUAAUUCUAACACAGACGUUUUAACUUGAUUAUUUUGAGAUCCUGGUGUAAAUUGUCGCCAAACUUUUUCUUUUAAUUGUGUUCGCCUUAAAAUCUGUUUGCAGACGCCAUCAGGUUUUGUAAACAAGUAUACUCAUUGACCUGUCCUGAUUAGAUCGACAUAAGGCAUGUUUCAAGUGUGUAUUUCAACUUCUCAAGUGUUUUGCAAGUGCGUGCACCCUGUUUUACAAUUAAUCAUCAUCAGAGAUUCUUCAGUGUCUACUUAUAUACUGCCUCGAGUUAAGAUUAGAGAAGGCCAUAGUACAUGAAGUGUUUCAAAUUACAUUGUACAUUUACAUGUAUGUGCUUUCACUUCUAUAACUUUAGCUGGAGACGAGACUCAGAUUUGUAUCUGUCUAGAUUUCGCUUUAAUGAGGUCAAUUGUGCUGUUAUUGUGUUUUUCAAUUAAUAAUUGGCAAUAAAUGUUGAGAUUAUAAAGAGUUUGACUGAUUUUGGCAGCAAAACCAAAGUUUUGUAAAUAGAGACCCACUGCACUUUGUAAAUAUAUUGUACUAUAGAAUAGGCUACUGCUAUUUUAUACGAUGUCCCUACGUUUUGUAUGCAUCGAUAAAUAAAAGUAUUUUUAUAUAAGAUAAUGAAAUCUAAA